AUCAAAAUUUACUUUGACAACUGUGGUCACUUUGACAACUAUGGUAAGUCAAAUAACCAUUCUAUUUACAACCACGAAGAGCAGAAAGCAUCUCAAAAUGCACAUGUCGAUCCUUGAGUCAGCUGGGCCACAACAACAGAAGACCAAAUCAGGUUCCACUCCUGUCAGCCAAAAACCGGGGAAUAUGAGGCUACGGUGGGCACAGGCUCAGGCUCACAGCUGAAGAGUGGAAACAUACCAGGCGAUGUGUUUCCAAUUGGUCCAUUGUCAGUGACCCAGCGCGCACCACAGCCUCCGAUCCCUGUUCUUGGGUGCCCGGAUUGGAACCUGGUGUGGUCUUCUGCUUGUGUAGCCCGUGUGCCAUGUUUUGCAUCCUGAGAUACUCUAUGAUUUUAUGCAUUGCCCUGCUGCCACAUGACAGGCUGAAUGGAUAACUGCAUGAAUGAGCAUGGUCUCUAUUAAAGUACAGAUGUCAUUAAUAUCUGCAUCCCGUGCGCUGCUAAUUGGCACCGUGUUUAUUGCAUUUAUGAAGGAUUUAUGGCGGAUUUGCGCGCCCACCUUUGAGUCAUCGUGUGUGUGUGUGUGUGUGUGUGUGUGUGAGAGAGAGAGAGAGAGAGAGAGAGAGACUCUCAAAGUUCUCCGAUCAUCGUUGUCAUAAUGGGGUCUUUUGUUCAAGUGCUCGCCUGUAUCCGUUUCACAUUAAUUAGCGCGGGCCCUGUAAUGUCGCGCACAGUUAAAUCGCAUUUUUCUUUGGUAUCAAAUAAACCUAAACUAACAUCUCACUGGGUUUAUGGUGUUCUAUGUUUGGUAUUUGGUUCUGUUUCUUUCUCCUCCUGUCUGCGUUGGUUUAAUGAAACAAACACGCUAUGGGAUAUGGAGACCAGUUCUUUUUUUUUCUUCUUUUUUUUGCGUUUUCUGGAAGGUUACCUGAGCCAUGUCGGCGUUGCGUGUCACACAAAGGCGAUUCCAUAAAGAACCAUUGUCGGACUGACCAAUGACCAGUGAAACGCGAAACCCCGCUUCCCCCUUGCUUUCCCAUCAGACCCAAGGAAGAAAGAAAAGCUAAAUAAGCCUCAGUUCAUUUCCACUGGACCCACACGGAGCUGCGCAGAGGUGAAGAGUGCAAGCGAGUGCUGCCAAAAAAGCGCCUAUAUUCUUACAUUCUGCAAGAGAAUCUCACGCUCUGCGCCAGUUGGAAAGUGAAAAUACGCGCAUUUUACGCACGGCCGAUAGGCUUCAUAGUGUUUGUCGGUGAAUGAUGUUUUUUGGCACGCGCUCGUUCCUCCGCGUAACGCGCUUUAAAUCGGAUUUCAGUGCAUUUUAAGCAGCUUGUCCCUUCUCAGCUUGUUCAUUGGAUGAAUAUCUGGCAUCACUGGUUGCUCAGAAAGGCUGAAGUGGACUGAAACUCGACCUCCAGCUCCUAAUCUGCAGAUUUCCAGAGGGGUAUAUAGGUAGAUUACAGCGAACACGAACCGGAUGCUGGAAACGCGCUCUGAGGAACACCUGAGCAGACAUCUCGUAUCAUUUGAAUCAGCGCUGUUGGAUUGCAGAGCAAAAAUGCUGGAGCACAGCGGGCCCGAUGUGAAGUUUGUGAACAAGUACUGUCCCAGUUCGUCCUCUUCGUCUUCAGCCUCCUCUUCCUCCUCGUCCUCAGCGCGCGAGAUGAAGAUUUUGGCCACGCUACGCGGCAGCCUGAGCCGGAAGUACCCGCAGAAGAACGGCGAGGUGCUGAGCGCGCAGUACGGCAUCAACCUGCUGCUCGUGGGCCUCGCGCUCAUGCUCGCGCUCGCGUACCAGGGACCGACCGUGACCGAGGAGACGGUGCUGGCUUUCCUCACCACGCUCAUGCUCAUGCAGGUGCUGUGGAUGAUCUGCUACGUGGCGCGCCUGGAGCGCAAGCGCAAUGAGCCGCCGGAGAGAGACGCUGACGCGGCCACCAGCUGGAUCCGAGGUGGUCUGACUCUGCUUGCUCUGCUCUCACUCAUCACAGAUGCUUUCCGUGUUGGGAACUUUGUUGGUUAUCAGGAGUGUGUGUCUCCCAUACUUGGCGUCUACCCCGUCAUACAUGCACUUCACACAGUGUCACAGGUUCAUUUUCUCUGGUUUCACGUUAAAGAUGUCAUAAAGCGUUACGAAACAUUUGAAAGGUUUGGCGUGAUUCAUGCUGUAUUCACUAACCUGUUGGUUUGGAGUAACGGAGUGAUGACUGAAGCCGAACAUGCUCUUAAUGACCACAAGAGACGAUUAUCAGCAGUCGGAUACUUCAAUUUUACUGUUGGGGAGGGCAAUCAGCCUAACUGUAAUUGUACGACCAGUGCGUGUUCGAUGUUCAGCAGCGGUCUGUACUAUCUCUGUCCCUUCAACAUUGAGUACCACAUCUUAGUCUCCGUGCUGCUCUUCGUCAUGUGGAAAAAUGUUGGCCGCACCCUCGAGCGACGCACCAAUCAGAAGCCAGCAUCGUCAGCACCAUUGCUAACAGGCUCAGGAGACGGACCUUUCCUGCUGCUCGGCUCAGCCCUUGGGCUCUUGGCACUUGCCAGUGCCAUCACAGUGCUCGUCAUCUACAUCAUCCACGUGGAGGAGUCACUGGAGGCACGCCAUGCAGCCAUCUCCAUGUUCUACUGGUUUGGAAUCAUCAUUUUGGCAUGCAUGAGUGUCGCCGGUGCUGUCGGAUUGGUCAUCUAUCGGCUUGAGGAUUGUCCCAUGGACACGGCGCCAAAUCCAGCCAGGACGCUUGAUUCUAAGCUGCUGCUCGGUUCUUCCAUUGGCUCCUGGCUUGUCUGCUGGUGCAGUGUCAUCGCAGUGGGUGGGGCCACAAAUUCACCCACCUACCGAUGGGCCAAUUUAGGAUACGCCAUACUUUUAGUUUUGGAGAAAUGCGUGCAGAAUCUGUUCGUCGUUGAGUCGCUUUACAGGAGACGAUGUGAGCCUGAAGAACAGCCUGCCCUUUGCACCACCCAUAACUCCAUCCUAAGCCCUAGCCAAGGAAAUGAGAAAAUCUUUGCUGUGUAUGAUGGUAUCAUUAACCAUGGGUACGAGUCACCAGAUAAACACUGUGAGAAUGAAAAGCAAACUUACGGCGGGCACAACGGGAAUGUGUCGCAUUCUCUUGGACACGGAAUGCCAGAGACGCCCAACAGACAGAAGCAGGUCCUGAAAAACAUCGCCAUCUUCCUGUUUAUGUGCAACAUUUCGCUCUGGAUCCUACCUGCAUUUGGAUGCCGGCCACAGUUUGAUAACGGUUUGGAGGAAGCAUCGUUCGGAUUCCCCAUCUGGAGCACGGUGCUGAAUUUCGCCCUUCCUAUGAGCCUCUUCUACCGCAUGCACUCUGUUGCCGUUCUCUUCGAAGUUUUCCGGAAAAUUUAG